AUUUUGCGCGAUAAACCGAUUUUUAUAGGAAGUGCUCUGAGCUCCACUUUCGUUUUAGCUUCGAGUCUUCCCUCGCUGUCCCGCCAAACAAAUUCUCCUCUCCUAAAGCCUCUAACAAAUCACAGCACAACGUCCACGGCCCACUGCGUUCUAACAAUCGAGAUGGCUCUGGCGCACCUAGCCUCAUCCUCAUCUCGCUCCAAUCUCCUGAAACCCAUUUUCGCCGCCUUAUCUUCCACUCCGUCUCUCCGCUGUCCGAUCUCCUCAGCCGCCGCCGACAACACCAAAACCCUCACCAUAGAAACCUCCGUGCCUUUCACCGCCCAUCAAUGCGAGGCGCCGUCGAGCUUAGUGGACACCACCCCGGAAGAGCUCCUCACCUUCUUCCGCGACAUGGCAACGAUGCGGCGCAUGGAGAUCGCUGCAGACUCGCUCUACAAGGCCAGGUUGAUCCGCGGGUUCUGCCACCUUUACGACGGCCAGGAAGCUGCGGCCGUGGGCAUGGAGGCCGCGAUCACUAAGAAGGAUAGCAUCAUCACCGCCUAUCGCGACCAUUGUACCUACCUUGCCCGAGGUGGGACCCUCCUCGAGAUUUUCUCCGAGCUCAUGGGCCGCCAGGGUGGGGGCUCCAGAGGGAAGGGAGGGUCUAUGCACUUCUAUAAGAAGGAGGCUGGGUUUUAUGGCGGUCACGGUAUAGUCGGGGCUCAGGUACCGCUAGGUAUUGGCUUGGCCUUCGCGCAGAAGUACUCUAAAGAUGGGACUGUGGCGUUCGUGUUGUACGGUGACGGUGCGGCUAAUCAGGGCCAGCUGUUCGAGGCCUUGAAUAUAGCUGCGCUUUGGGAUUUGCCGGCGAUUCUGGUCUGCGAGAACAAUCAUUAUGGUAUGGGAACGGCAGAGUGGAGAGCGGCAAAGAGUCCGGCCUAUUACAAGCGUGGGGAUUAUGUUCCUGGAUUGAAGGUUGAUGGCAUGGAUGUCCUUGCUGUGAAACAGGCAUGCAAAUUUGCCAAGGAGCAUGCUUUGAAGAAUGGGCCAAUUAUUCUUGAAAUGGACACUUACAGGUACCACGGCCAUUCUAUGUCUGAUCCUGGUAGCACCUACCGCACUCGUGAUGAGAUUUCUGGUGUGAGACAGGAGCGUGAUCCAGUUGAAAGAGUAAGAAAACUGGUAUUGUCUCAUGAUCUAGCUACUGAAAAGGAGCUAAAGGAUACGGAGAAAGAAAUAAGGAAAAAAGUUGAUGAAGCCAUUGCUCAAGCCAAGGAAAGCCCAAUGCCCGAUCCUUCCGAACUCUUUACCAAUGUAUAUGUGAAAGGUUUUGGAAUCGAGGCAUGUGGACCAGAUAGGAAAGAAGUCAGAGCUGUGCUUCCAUAAUUCGACCUUUUUUGUGGGAAGUUGCCAAAGCCCCUUGAACGACACCCCUUUCCUACCCAGAAAAACCAACACCCAUUAGAUUGCAACAAUAAAAUGGUUCGAGUAAAGAUGGUAAGCGCUUCCUGGUUUUUGAAGUUCAGUCUUUUGUAUGUAUGGGAAACUGAUUCUUUAGAAGCUGUGGCGGAGUUGCUACAUUCUGCCCUAUGUUUUUUUGGGGAGCCUAGAAUCUGACAUUUAUGUGAUUGAUCUGAAUAUUCCCAUGCUCCUGAAAAAAUGUUUACUACAUUCAGUUUCAAGUCGUGGGAUUA